GUCGGCCAGUGAGGAGGGGGCAGAGAGGACCCUCCCCCAGCCAGAUGUGAGAGCCACUCUCUCCAGUCUGCACCUCUGCCUUCAGAUGAGCACGGAGCCUCCUGCAGUUUGCAGGCGUACAGACAGCCAGAGGAAUACCACGGCUGUGCCUCUGCUCUGCCUUGGACUGUGGUGUGGGCUAUAGCGCUGCAAACGCGGCGUCCCCACUGUCUCAACGUUGAGCCUGUGCGGCAGCGGCAAAAUUCACUCUGCUACCGCCUUGCCUGCUGCACUUCGCCGCUCCCAGAGAGAGAAACCCGUCUGUACCCCACUUUCAAGUCGCUAAAGGAGACCGUGGAUUGGAACUAAUUAUUGCGCCUAUUGGAUCAAUUUGAGUGGAAUUACUGUUAGGUCGUUGUUUUUCAUGGUUGAAAACAGUAGGCUAUAUGGAUACCCAAUCUGCGUGAUAUCGGUUCAUGAUUGAGAAGCACGGAGGGGCGUGGAAUUAAUUGAAAUCUAUUUGGUCUUCUUGGAUGUAAAACAACCGAGAUUUAUUUCUCCCCACUCCUCCCUUCCCCUCUCCUCACCUUCAACAUGACUUCUCUGUCUGGGACCAAAGAGAGGUCUGUGACCAGCAGGAGCAGAAAAUACGGGAUGACCGACACCUCCCCGACAAAAUCAGCCUCCUUCUCCCCGGAGACAUGGUACAGAAAGGCCUAUGAGGAGUCCCGGACCGGCAGCCGACCCGCUCCAGAGGGAGCCGGCUCUAUGCCCAGCUCCACAGGCACCCCCUCCCCAGGAUCUGGCACCUCGUCCCCGGGAUCCUUCUCCGGUUCCCCCGGGACCAUAUCUCCAGGGAUCGGGACCGGUUCCCCUGGGUCUCUAGGUGGCUCGCCAGGUUUCGGUACAGGUUCGCCGGGCUCUGGCAGCGGGAGCUCUCCUGGUUCUGAGAGAGAGAGGGGGAUAUGGUGUGAGAACUGCAAUGCCCGUCUGGCGGAGCUGAAGAGACAGGCGCUGAAGCUACUGAUUCCCGGCCCCUACUCCAGCAAGGAUCCGUCCUUCUCCCUGCUCCUCCACGACAAGCUUCAGGUGCCCAACAGCUCGGGGCGGGCCUGGAAUGAGCGUGACAGUCGCUGUGACGUGUGUUCCACCCACCUGACCCAGCUGAAACAGGAAGCAGUCCACAUGGUGCUGACCAUGGACCAGUGGGACCUGUCCCCCAGCUCGCCCCCCACCCUGCCCAGCCACAGUGGCCCUCCACAGGGCCCCACAGCCCCAUGGGACUGGGCUUACCUCCCUUCAGCCGCAGCAGCCUACCCCCAUCCCCGUCCAAACCCACUCCACCCUACCAUGCCUCCAACGUCCUCUACUGCGUCCUUCUCCAGCCUCAGCCAUGCUGCGUCCAACCCCAGCCCAGGUGCAACUUCUGUGGGUCAAACAUCCACCCAUGCAGCCUCUUCAGCGCCAGCCCCGGCGUCCUCAUCGCCGGCUCCAUCCCCGGUGCACCAGGGAGGGUACCUCCGCCAAGGUUCCAAGCCCAGUUCCCUAGGAGUAGGCCUCGGGGCGGAGAGGAGGAACGGCUCCCCGGCACACUCCAGUAAGACCAGCGGUGUCCCGUCGGCCCAGCCGCCCAACAGCCCGGGUAGUAACGGGAACAGUUCUGUUAGCGGAGCAGUGUUGAGUACAGCAGCCCUGCAGGCUCACCAGUACAUGUCUCGCACCAACGGAGGAGGAGUCACACUCUACCCCUACCAGAUCUCCCAGAUGAUAUCUGAUGGGUGUCGAGAGGGUGUGACGGAGGCAGUUCUGAACCGCUACAACGCUGAUCGCCCCUCGUCCUCGCAGGCCCCUCCCACUCUGCAGGUUACCACGGCAGCACCAACCACCACCUCUGCCGCCGCGUCCUUCUUCGCCAGAGCUGCUCAGAAGUUGAACCUGUCAUCGAAGAAGAAGAAGCAGCGCCCAGCGCCCCCCGCAGUUGUGUGUGACCCCCCUCUGUUCCCCACCAACUUCAGUGGGACCCUGCAGACCGCCCCUCCCCCCGCCCCACCUUGCCUGUUACGGGCUGCCAGCAAGAUCAAAGACACCCCCGGACUAGGCAAGGUGAAGGUGAUGGUGCGUGUGUGUCCCGUGAUGUCCUCGGACGCAGCAGAGUCCAGCUCCUUCCUCAAGGUGGACACCAGGAAGAAGCAGGUGACCAUUAUGGAUCCAUCAGCCAACCAGAUGCAAGGAAACACCCUCCAGAAACGAGGAGUCAAUCAGGCCCCACCUAAGAUGUUUGCCUUCGACGCCGCCUUCCCCCAUGAUGCAUCACAGGCGGAGGUGUGUGCUGGUACUGUAGCUGAGGUCAUUCAGUCGGUGGUGAACGGAGCAGAUGGCUGUGUCUUCUGCUUCGGACACUCUAAACUGGGUAAAUCCUACACCAUGAUAGGUGGUGAUGAGUCCAUGCAGACCCUGGGGAUCAUCCCCUGUGCCGUCUCCUGGCUCUUCAAGCUCAUCAACGAGAGGAAGGAGAAGACGGGAGCCCGCUUCUCUGUCCGAGUCUCAGCCGUAGAGGUUUGGGGUAAAGAGGAGAACCUGAAGGACUUGCUGUCUGAAGUGGCGACAGGCAGUUUGCAGGACAGCCAGUCCCCUGGAGUUUACCUCUGCGAGGACCCAAUCUGUGGCAUGCAGGUAAAAUGCCGCUCGUCAAAACGUCAACUAAUCAUCAAAACACUGAUAACAAAGCCCUGCACACCCUGUGGCCGUCCACCUAACUUGUCUAAUUAUUCUGAUCACCAUUAUUCUGUCACCCCGAUUUUCUCUCCCCUUUCUCUCUCCUCUCUUUUUCCUUCCUCUCUCUCUUUCUGUACGCUUUCUCUCGGUCCCUCCUUCCCCUCUCUCUAUCCCCCUCUCCCCGGAUCCCCUCCUGUCCCUCUCUCACCCUCCUCUCUCUCUCCAGUGUCGGGAGGUCGCAGUAGACUCCACCUGAUAGACCUGGGCAGCUGUGUGAAGGUGCUGGGAGGAGAGAUGGGCAGGGAGAGCAGUAGUAGUACAGCAGCAGGACUGUGUCUGUCCCUCUCUGCCUUGGGGAACGUCAUCCUGGCUCUGGUCAACGGCAGCAAACAUAUCCCCUACAAGGACAGUAAGCUGACCAUGCUACUGAGAGAGUCGCUGGGCAACAUGAAUUGUCGGACCACCAUGAUUGCCCACAUCUCCUCGUCGCCUAGCAACUUCUCUGACACGCUCUCCACCCUCCAGAUCGCCUCGCGCCUCCUCCGUAUGAAGAAGAAGAAGACCAAAGUCAGUAUGCAAUACACGUCCAGUUCGUCAGGGGGUGAGAGUUCGUGUGAGGAGGGCCGUAUGCGUCGCCCCACCCACCUGAGACCAUUCCACUCCCGUAGCUCUGCCGACGCCAACCUUCCCCUGCUGCACCUCUCCAGUGACCCAGAUGACUACUCCAGUAGCGAGCAGUCCUGCGACACCGUCAUCUACGUGGGCCCCAAUGGGGGUGCUGUCUCGGACCGUGAGCUGACCGACAACGAGGGUCCGCCAGAGUUUGUCCCCAUCAUUCCUGCUCUGCUGAAGAACAAAGCCGAGUCUGCCGUCCUGCCGACUACACCAACUCUACAACAACAACAGCAACAGACAGUACUCUCCCAGCCCCAGCCUGCCCCUACCCAGACACACACCCAGCCCUCUGCCCUGCCUACACAGUCCCUCAUCGCCCUAACCCAGCCCCCACUCCCUCUCCUCCAACCUCUGGGCCAACCCCUGCCCCCUGUGCCAGAGGAAGGGGCGGAGUGUCUCAAGUGCAACACCUUCGCCGAGCUGCAGGAGCGGCUGGAGUGUAUCGACGGGAGCGAAGAGGUGGCCAAGUUCCCCUUUGAGGAGGUGCCGGUUAAUAGGGGGGCCAAGUCUGACACCCUGGUUCCCCCUGGGUCUGAGACAGAGCCUACGGGAGGGGUGGGAGUGGAGGUGGAGGUAGAGACCUCCAGGAGGAUGUCCAACGACCAGCAGCUCCAGGAGAUCAGGGAGGUGGUGGAAGAGGCAGAACUGGCCCAGACCAUGAUAGAGAGUCUGAGCCUGACCGGCAGCUGCAGUGUGACGGGCAGCAGUGGAGCUGGACACACCAGCACUAACCCUCUACAGAGGGCCAAGAGCGCCAGCCUCCAUGACAGUCGUGAGUCUUUGAGCGCAGGCAGUAGCAGUGAUGGUAAGCCCCGCCCCCUGGGUUCUCCUCGGCUGGGCAUCGCCUCUCUUACCAAGACCUCUGACUACAGACCUCCUUCCUCACCCUCACAGCGCUGCAAGGUCUACACCCAGAAGGGUGUGAUGCCGGGAACGCCCCCUCUGUCCUGCCAGAGUCUGUCUACUGCAGACAGCCUGGCUGCAGAUAGUGGGAGGUCCUCUACAGAUUCCCUGCUGCAGCUGGAGUCCCUGUCCAGGACCUCCCCCAUGAGAAUGAGUCCCCAGGUGCUAAAGCGCACCGACUCCUUGUCUGCCAGCCUGGGGUCUGCUGAGACACUGUGUGACGAUAAUGUUCCUCAGAUACCUCUGGAUGUACGCAGGGACACCCCAGCCCCAGCCCCAGUUCCUGCUCUAGCCCCCAGCCCCUCCUCGACCCCAGCCCCAGCAGACCCUCGCUCUCUGGGGGAAGAUGAGCUGGUAUUCACCCUGGGGUGUGAGGAGGGGCUGGAUGUCCGAGGCCUGCUGGAGAGUGGCGGUCGUCCCACUAGCAUCAUUAGCUUCGCCAGCGACUGUUCCGUCACCGCCCUGGCCUCGGGAUCCCGCCCUGUCUCCAUCAUCAGCAGCAUCAGCGAUGACCUGGAGUGCUAUGGAAACAACACUACUGUCGUUGUUACGACCACCGGAAUGGUCACAAUGACAAGCGCCUCAGUCGCCGGGGUGAUCGCCAUGGCGGAAGUCAGCAUGGCGAAGCUUCGCGUGGAAGGAGAGGCGAUGGCGGCGCUGCCGAGCUGCCGGUCGUCCAUCUCAUCGUGGCUGAGUGAGCUGAGUGCUGGGAGUGACGGGGAUCAGUCCCUGCACAGUUUCGGCCAGUCCCAUGGACAUGGGGAGGCUCUGGCCGAGCUAGACCCCCCACAGGUGCCUCUCUCUGGGGCAGAGGAGCAAGAUGAGGUGUCCCUGGAUUCUAGAGGAAGGAAGACUCCUGACAGCGAAGUAGUGUUGUGUGGAGAUGAGAACGGAACAGAGAAGGAGAAGAGCACCCUGACUAAAGAGAGGCUGAAGAGACUGUCUCCCUCCAUGGGUAAGACCAACAUCACCGUCUCCAACAUCCAGACCCUGGGGGCCUCCAGCAACUUCCUCCCCUUCAAGACCAACAUCACAGUCCACUCCUGUGUGGCCGUCAAACCCAUGGUUAUACAGGAGCCCACUAUACUGUCCUCCCCUACCAAGACUCACCUGUUGUCCAAGGACCCAGCCAAGCCUGCCCCAGCCAAAGCCCUGGUCCUGGCCUCCAUGUCCAGCGAGCUCAGCUUCGACGACCCCUGGAUGAAGAGAGAUGGAGGCGAUGUGAGGCCUAAGGAGCUGGUGUGUAAGGUGAAGCCGGAGAAGAGGGUGGUGGAGCCACCAGUCAAGACAGACCCAGCUAAGACCCAGGCCUGGCCCCAGGGUGACAGGGCCAGCAGGGUGGACAGUGGCUACGGAGGGGACCGUUGCAGCUCCAGCAGCGGCGAGACCGUCUCCUCUCCAGACUCCUGUAAGAGGGUGGUGGACGGCUGUGAGAUGGUGCUGGUCAGCUCUGGGGAGUGUCUGAUGACCCCCGUCUACUCUGCCGACAUCCUGCGCACCGCCAGUCUGCCCCGCGGCUGGCACCGGAUCAACCGCCAUGACGGCCUGGACGAGGACUCACUCCGUUACGGCGCUAACGGAGGAGGGGCAGGGGGGGAGUACCGGGGCCUAGGGAUCACCACCUCCACCCCCUGUAGUCCGAAGGCAACACUGGACCGACGGGGGUCGUCCGGGAGACAAGGCCUGUUCUCCCGCCAGAAAGGGAUCCCACCGCUGCCACCAGUACGCAAGUCCAGUCUGGACCAGAAGAACCGGGCAGGAGGCCCCCUCAGCCCCCUGCACGCACCCAGCCAUGGCCUCUCCUUCCUGGGGAGCACCCCGGAGGACCUAGGUGGGCUUGGUGGAGGGAAACAGAAGGGGUCUAAUGUGGAGAGCAGUAGGUUGUUCAGUGCUAAACUAGAGCAGCUGGCUAACAGAACCAACUCUCUGGGGCGGUCCCAUGGAGGUCACAGCUCUCUUGGCCCCCACUACGACUGCCUCUCCCUGGAGAGGGGGGAGAGCCUCAGCUCUCUGGGCUGGAAGGGGGCAGCCGGAGGGGGGAGGGGGGACUGCAAUAUGCCCCAUCCCGGACGUAGCAUCAUCCGCUGUGGCUCAGUGUCAUCCUCCUCCCCUAAUGGAAACGGUUCCGGUAACAGCCCCGGCAGUGCUCCCAAGUCGCCCAAGUCGAGCCAGUCGAAGAUCUCAGCGGUCAGCAAGCUGCUGAUGGCCAGCCCUAAGACCCGCAGCCUUUCGGCCUCCAGCACCAAGACACUCAGCUUCUCCACCAAGUCUCUGCCCCAGUCUGUCAACCGCAGCUCCAGCUUGCCUCCCAACGGCAAGACCCAGCCCCAGCCCCAGGGUCAGACCUCCAGCCAGGCCCUGGGACAGAACAAGGAACCCAGCUCUGGCUCCUGGGCCACCCAGUCUCUGAGUCGCAGCCGAGGGGGAGGCCUGACCGUCAAGCUGCCUCUGAGAGCCGCCAACGGACGCAUCUCCGAGCUGCUUCAGGGUAACGGAGGCUCUCGAUCAACCAGUCACAACCGAGUAGGAGGCUCCGAGGCUGGGGAGGAGAGGGGUGCCGGAGGAAGUGGAGGUGGAGCAGGUGGUGGAGGGACACAGGGAGAGGAGAGACCAGUGAUAGUCCACACCCUGCCGUCUCCCUACAGUAAGAUCACAGCCCCCAAGCGUCCCCAGCGCUGCAGCAGCGGCCAUGCCAGUGACAACAGCAGUGUUCUGAGUGGCGAGCUGCCCCCGGCCAUGGGGAAGACAGCCCUGUUCUACCACAGCGGGGCCAGCAGUGGCUACGAGAGCAUGCUGAGGGACAGCGAGGCCACAGGAAGCGCCUCCUCCGCCCAGGACUCUCUGAGCGAACACAGCUCAGCCACCAGCAGCAGCCGCCGUAGCCUCAAGAACAACAAGAAGAGGAACAACAACACAGGUACCCAGCGUCGUCGUCUGAUUCCCAGCCUGACCCUGGACUCGUCCUCUCUGAUCAGGAAGCCUGCCAUCAGCUCCAGCGUACGCUGGGUCGACGGCCCGCUAAGCCCCGCCCCCAGGGGAACCACAGAACCCUUCGAGAUAAAGGUCUACAAGAUAGACGACGUGGAGCGCCUGCAGAGGAGGAGAGAGAAAGGAAACAAGGAGGUGGUUUAUUUCAGUGCAAAGCUGAAGACCUUGGAGCACAGGCAGCAGCGGAUCUCCGAGAUCCGAGCCAAGUAUGACUGGCUGAAGAAAGAGCUGGAGCAGACCAAGCAGCACCUGAUGCUGGAGCCAGACAAAUGGACCACUGAAUUUGACCUGCAGCAGACGUUUGAGGUAGACUCUCUGGAGUACCUGGAGGCUCUAGAGGUGAUGACAGACAGACUGGAGACCAGGGUCAACUUCUGCAAGGCUCACCUCAUGAUAGUCACCUGCUUCGACGUCACCUGCUGCCGCAGGUAGACCCACGGACAGACAGACGGACCACACCUCCUCUAGGACUGUUAGGACUCAAGGGAAUUGGAGCAUCUCGGAUAUAACAGCAGGAAGAGAGAGGGAUGGAACGAAGGGAGGGAUUUCCAUGAGGAGGUGCAGAAGAACAAAGGCAGACACUAAAGAUGAAUAUUUUUUUAAGCAGCGGGACAGGGAGCAAGGGAGGGAGAGGAGGAGGAUGAAGAAUGAAGAGGAGGAAGAGAGAGGGUGUUUUUUUUUUUAAAUGAGGAGUACAUCUCCCACCUGACAGGAAGAGCACUUUUACUGAGGAGUUGUUGGAGAUGUAGUUUGUAAAUAAAGUUGUGCUUGCUUUGAAUAAGGACUGGCUGACAGACGGCUAUAGACACGUAGGGAAAAAAAGAAAAAAGAACGACAGAAAGGAAAAGAAAACCCACCUUGUGUGUGAAAGACAAGUGCCUUGCGAACACUUCGAAAUCGGAACCAUUGCUCCUGUAUUUGUGUACAGAUGGUGCUAGCUGAAAAAAAGAAUUAGAUCUCAAAAGUAAAAAGAAGAAAAAAGUUGUGGAAAGUAAAAACCACAGAACGUUUUACUCGGUGUUUCCUCCCCUGACUAGCUGUUCUCAGUGGCUUGUAUUGUUCUGCACUAGUUAGGAUUCAACUUUAGGACCUGUUACGUGUACGUUUUCUAUACCGCUUUUUUAAAUUCUCUGAAGACAGUGACACCACACAGAGUGCUUUAGGGGAUAGGAAAUUAUAUUUAAAGACGGACAAGACCCAGGGAAGGGAGGUGGUGGUGGUGUAUCUUCUGGCCCAUUGAUUUCAUUGUCAUUCCUCAGGCAAUGGUGGUGGCAACUGAAGUAUUCAGUCGGGGGUUCAGACUUAACACCCGUCCCCACCCGUCCCCCACCCGUCCCCACCCGUCCCCUAACGAUGAUCAAGAGGUGCAGAGAGACAUCAGCUAGAAGGGAAGGGAGAUGGAGGGAUGAACAAAGGCUAAAAGACAAUGUUACCUUUAGGGAAACAUCGUAAUAACUACCAUAGAAGGGGAUGGGUGUGACCAUGUGAUUAAUGGGUUGAAGGGACACUGCUCUAUUCUACAGGUCUAAAAAAUGGGGGAAAUCUGAGUUAAAUAUGAGUGUAGAGGAAAAUAUCCCAUUCACUCUGCUUGGUGCCACUGUCGUGGUGCAUUCACUUUCAUAAUAGUUUGGUGCUUGAGACAGUUUCAGAUCUAAAUGUUUGUAUAAACAUACAUACAUACAUGCAUAUACUAUAUAUAUAUACACACAUAUAUAUACAGUUGAAGUCGGAAGUUUACAUACUUUGGUUGGAGUUAUUAAAACUCGUUUUUCAACCACUCCACAAAUUUCUUGUUAACAAACUAUAGUUUUGGCAAGUCGGUUAGGACAUAUACUUUGUGCAUGACACAAGUCAUUUUCCCAACAAUUGCUUACAGAUUAUUUCACCUAUAAUUCAUUGUAUUACAAUUCCAGUGGGUCAGAAGUUCAUACCCUAAGUUGGCUGUGCCUUUAAACAGCUUGGAAACUUCCAGAAAAGGAUGUCAUGGCUUUAGAAGCUUCUGAUAGGCUAAUUGACAUCAUUUGAGUCAAUUGGAGGUGUACCUGUGGAUGUAUUUCAAGGCCUACCUUCAAACUCAGCGCCUCUUUGCUUGACAUCAUGGGAAAAUCAAAAGACAUCAGCCAAGACCUCAGAAAAACAAUUGUAGACCUCCACAAGUCUGGUUCAUCCUUGGGAGCAAUUUCCAAACGCCUGAAGGUACCACGUUCAUCUGUACAAACAAUAGUACGCAAGUAUAAACACCAUGGGACCACGCAGCCGUCAAACCGCUCAGGAAGGAGAUGCGUUCUAUCUCCUAGAGAUUAACGUACUUUGGUGCAAAAAGUGCAAAUCAAUCCCAGAACAACCGCAACGGACCUUGUGAAGAUACUGGAGGAAACAGGUACAAAAGUAUCUAUAUCCACAGUAAAACGAGUCCUAUAUCGUCAUAACCUGAAAGGCUGCUCAGCAAGGAAGAAGCCACUGCUCCAAAACCGCCAUAUAAAAAGCCAGACUACAGUUUGCAACUGCACAUGGGGACAAAGAUCGUACUUUUUGGAGAAAUGUCCUCUUGUCUGAUGAAACAAAAAUAGAACUGUUUGGCCAUAAUGACCAUCAUUAUGUUUGGAGGAAAAAGAGGGAGGCUUGCAAGCCGAAGAACACCAUCCCAACCGUGAAGCACGGGGGUGGCAGAAUCAUGUUGUGGGGGUGCUUUGCUGCAGGAGGGCCUGGUGCACUUCACAAAAUAGAUGGCAUCAUGAGGAGGAAUAUUAUGUGGAUAUAUUGAAGCAACAUCUCAAGACAUCAGUCAGGAAGUUAAAGCUUGGUCGUAAAUGGGUCUUCCAAAUGGAUAAUGACCCCAAGCAUACCUCCAAAGUUGUGGCAAAAUGGCUAAAGUACAACAAAGUCAAGGUAUUGGAGUGGCCAUCACAAAGCCCUGACCUCAACCCUAUAGAACAUUUGUGGGCAGAACUGAAAAAGCGUGUGCGAGCAAGGAGGCCUACAAACCUGACUCAGUUACACCAGCUCUGCCAAGAGGAGUGGGACAAAAUUCACCCAAAUUAUUGUAGGAAGCUUGUGGAAGGCUACCCGAAACAUUUGACCCAAGUUAAACAAUUUAAAGGCAAUGCUACCAAAUACUAAUUGAGUGUAUGUAAACUUCUGACCCACUGGGAAUGCGAUGAAAGAAAUUAAAGCUGAAAUAAAUAAUUCUCUCUACUACUAUUCUGACAUUUCACAUUCUUAAAAUAAAAUGGUGAUCCUAACUGACCUAAAACAGGGAAUUUUUACUUGGAUUAAAUGUCAGGAAUUGUGAAAAACUGAGUUUAAAUGUAUUUGGCUUAGGUGUAUGUAAACUUCCGACUUCAACUGUAUAUAUAUAUACACAUACAUAGAAACACAUACAUAUAUAUAGUUAUACAUAUAUAUAUAUAUGUAAUGUGCAUAUAUAUGCAUACAUAUACAUACGUAUGUAUGUGUGUAUAUAGAUAUAUAUAUAUACACACGAAUGCAUAUAUAUAUAUAUACGUAUGUAUGUAUAUAAAUAUAUAUGUAUAUAUACACAUAUGUAAUGUGUAUAUAUAUAUAUAUAUAUAUAUACAUAUGUAUAUAUAUACAUACACACACAUACGUAUAUACAUAUAUAUUAUAAAUAUAUAUAUAUAUAUAUAUAUAGAUGUAUAUAUAUAAACAUACAUAUAUAGCCUGUUUCCUAAAAUAACUUUCAGACAUAAAUGCUUCUUCUUCUUCUUCAUCUUACCAUCAUAUUUUAUGACGUAGUGUCCUUGGCUGUUUUGAGAGGCAUUUAUUAAUAAAAUGUAUUAUUUUUAUUAUCAUCCUCAUCAUUCCCUCUCCCUCCCUUUCGUGAGAGGUCAUGCCCCUUGCCCUUUCACCUCUCCCCUAUGUCAUGGUCAUGAAUGAAGGAUCUUAUUUAUUUAACUCAGGAGGCAUGCUGGAACAGAGAGGUGCUGGAACAGAGAGUUGCUUGUAUUGUAUAAUGCAUUAUCCACACACCUUUUGGUCUGCAAAGUUACUAUGCAUUUAAAAAAAGACAAAAUAAUGUACAUAUGCUGAGGCCAUUUCAUAUAUAGAUAGAUUACAACAUAUACACUAUCGUCUUUAUUUGAGAUAUUUUCUUUUCUCCUCCGCUAUUUUCGUUUGUUACUUCCUCCUUGAGAUGGGAAUUGUCCGAUUGAUGGGAGUAGAAAGAAGUAGUCCCCUAAUGGUUAAGAUAUGAUUCAGGAUAGGUCAUCUGAUCCUGGAUCUGUUCCUGAGGGCAGCUUCUACCCGGAGCCUGUUGAUGAUGGUACUCUCCAGAGUCACGUUUGGCAGGCUGCAACAUUACAAAACCUGCGCGUAGAAAUGUAUUGUGUAGAAAAGACGAUUGUCUCGAAGGAUAGGGAAUCGAGUCUGCUCUAUUCGUUACAUUUCUAUCUGCGAAGUUUGAACAUCUCACCUUCCUGAAUACACCCUGGUCACGUCUGUGUGUGUCACCAUGGCAACGUCCCACUCCCUUGUCAUGGGGUCAGAUGUGUUGUAAAGAGAUCUAUUUCUCUGGUUGUCUCUGAGAGGAGUGAGAGAGGUAGCCUACUGUAGAUAGCAGGAUUGGACACAACUUAAUUUAGUCCAUUUCGGGAAAGGAACAAAUCCUACUGAACAAAACAGCUAGCUUCAAAUCUUGAAAUGGUAUUCAGCCAAAACGUCUCCUGAGAAGACGGAAUAGAAAUGGAAUUUACCCGAAGUCCCAUCUCAUGCUAGCUAGGCCUUACUGUGCUUUGGCUGGGCUAAUUUGUGUGUGUGUUUUGAGAGAGACAGAUGCCCAGACCAGAGAGACAGACUAUGGUUGUGUUCAGAAGGCACAAACGGGGAGAAAUAAACCAGUUUGAAAUGGGAAAUGAAAAAAGUUGGUCCAAAAAUGUUUCUUCCUAAUUGUGCCUGCUGAACACGACCCAUGUCUGUGUGUAACUGUCAGCAGGAAAACUUCGAACAGAGAAACAGACUGAGAAUCUGACAGUGACGCAAGGAUUGCUGUAAAUAAAGGAUUGUAUUGGA